AUGGCUACCGUUCAGUUUGGCAUUUUGGCCUUUGCCUAUCAAGUAAUUGAUGCCAGCGGGCCCAUGGACCUCCUCAACUCGGCCAACAAGACGGCAUUUCGCAUUAAUCGAGAGUACGGCCCCGUUAGCGAUGAACUCAUCUCACAGGCGCCGCAAUUCACAUUCCACCAUAUUGGCGUUACAAGAGACCCCGUUAAGCUCGGCACCGGCCAGAUGACUAUCAUCCCUACAGCCACUGUAGAUGACUGUCCUGAGCUUGACAUCUUGCUUGUUCCAGGACCCUACCUCGGGAACUUCGAUUUGCACCCGAAGCAUGCCGGCUUUAUCCGAAAACAUGUCGCUGCCGGGAAGUUGCUGUUUACAAGCUGCACUGGGGCAAGUCUUGUCGCAUCGACUGGGGUUUUAAACGGGAAGACAGCUACUGUCAACAAUAUCGAAUUUGAUUGGGUCCGCAAUCGCUGGCCUCAGGUCAAUUGGACAAGGGAGAAGAAAUGGAUCAUUGAUGGGAACAUCUGGACGGGAUCUGGUGCUGUUGCCGCCAUGGAUAUGGUGGCCUAUUGGCUCAAAGAGAAUUAUGGUCUGCCUGUACUUGUUCAGGCUGCCUCAACACUGGACUAUGAGCCUCGGGACGCGGAUGGCCUCUUCAAUGUUUUGCCUCAAAGAUAUGAUUCGAAGGGAGAAAAGAUAUCUACUCACGUAUUUAAGUAUUACGAUUCUUAG